AUGCCUCAGGAGAUUGCUCGCCAGUGGUUCGUCCCCGGCGAGGGUAUUGACCGCCAUGUCAUCUCCGCCGACAUCCAAAGAUACCUGGGAAACGAUGCCACUGUCCGUCCGGGCGUGGGCACCGGAGAGCACCAGGUCAGGACGCCGCCUCGCCUCGCCUUGAAUGGACUUUCGUGCGUGACAUGUACUGACUGCGCGACAGGGUGUCCAAGGGUACUGGAUCAAGGCCUACCGAAAUCUGACUUCCGUAUGUUUGUCCUCGCCUCGCAUCCCACGAGCCGCGCCAUGCCCCAGUACUGACCUGCCUUGCCCAGGCCAUGAUUGCAGACUUGCGAGCCGAUUCCGCACGCUGGCGGCAAGAACAGCGCCAGACCGGCACAAGAGGUAGCCACAGCCCGACGUACACGGUGUCAGGGAAAACGGAACCUGACGAGCUCAUAGAACCUUACGUCGGAUCCUCCACGUACCACGCGUCCAGCGCCGGCCGGACCUCGCACAACCGUCGCGAUGCGGACUCGCCCUCGGUCGACGGACCAUACGGCCUGCCGUCAGGUCGGGAAAGAAUACCGGUGGACCGCAUGCAGGUGGAUCCGCCACCACAGAGUAGAGGAGGCUACCCGCCGGACAGCCGCUCCGCAUACCCACCGGACGGCAGAGCAUUCCCAUCUGAUAGCAGAGGCUAUGCCCCGGACGGUAGGUCAUCGUUUCAGCCCGACACUCCCAUGUCCGGAGGUUUUGGAGGCGGACGCCCCCCAGUCUCUGCACCAUAUGGCCAGGAACCACGGUACGCUCCCAGCUACCCGCAGCCCAACAGUGAUGGCGCUCCGCCUGGAUACGUGAGGCAAGGCAACUACUACGUGCCCGUGUCCUCGUAUGAGCCUGCGCCCGCAGUCCCUUCCAGAUCGGAUAACUAUGGCCCGGGAUUUGGACAGCCCCCACAGAGCCGUGAGCCACCACCACGUGGAUAUCAACAGCCCGAGUACGCGGACCCAAGGUAUGCCUACCCUAGUCCGGCGGCCACCGUCUCCUCCGUAUCCGCUCGUGAUCGGGAGCAGGUAUCCAGCUCGCAACAGCCAAGGUUCGCAGUGUGAUUGCAACCCGCUCCGACGACGCACCUUGCUAACUCAUGCAGUAACUAUGGCUCAAUGCCGCCGAGUCAGUACGAUUCAUACGGCGGUAGACGUGAGUAUCACUAA